AUGCUCUACGUUACGGCGAAAAUUCUAAAACAAGAUGACACUGCAUUGAGUACAGAAGAUGUUGUAGCACCUGCCAACAAUUGGUUACAUACGCUGUUCAGUCAAGUGGAAGUAUGUUUGAAUCAGAAAUUAGUGUCACCACCAAGUAAUACUUAUGCGUAUCGUGCAUACAUUGAAACACUGUUGAAUUAUGGGUCUGAAGCCAAAGCAACUCAUCUGGGGUGCUCGUUAUGGCAUAAUGAUACUCCGAAGCAAAUGGACGCAUUAACAACCGAUAACAAGGGUUUCACCACUCGUCAAAAUUCCACAAAACUAGGCAAAAUGGUGGAAAUGAUUGGACAUGUGCACGCGGAUUUAUUCAAUCAAGAAAAGUUCCUCAUAAAUGGUGUUGAAAUGAAAGUAAAGUUUGUUCGAACAAGAGACUCCUUCAGUUUAAUGGCCGCUUCUGGAUCAACAUACAAAGUGAAAAUUGUGGACGCCAGCUUGCUGGUUAGAAGAAUGAAAAUUAAUCCGGUAGUUCUUCUCGCCCACACAAAAGCAUUAGAAACCACUCCGGCAAAAUAUCCUAUUAGUCGAGCGGAUGUGAAAGUGCUGACCAUUCCCGCAGGCCUUCAACGCAAAUCAUUGGACAACGUGUUCCUUGGACAACUACCAAAACGUUGCAUAAUUGGUUUUGUUUCGAAUAAAGCGUUUAACGGUGAAUACGCCUCUAAUCCGUUCAACUUCCAUCAUUACAAGAUUAAUUACAUGUCUUUGUACAUUGAUGGUCAACAAAUUCCGUCAAAACCUUUACAACCAGAUUUCACUCAGGAAGGAUUAUACGUAAGGGCCUACCACACAUUAUUUUCUGGAAGUGGAAUACAUUUUUUGAACGAGGGAAAUAACGUAUCACGAUUGGAUUACCCGCACGGGUACUGUUUAAUGCCUUUCGAUUUAACGCCGGAUUUAUCCGCAAACGCCACAACUCAUUGGAACUUGGUGAAGAACGGUUCUCUCCGCAUCGAAGUUGGCUUUCAAGACGCAUUGACUGAGACAGUGAAUUGCCUCGUAUACGCUGAAUUCGACAAUGUGGUAGAGAUAGACAAACACCGAAAUGUCAUCGCAGACUUUAACAUUUAA